AUUCAGUAGGCCCACAAAUUUCGGCCACUUUGAAUAGCGAAUUCCGUGUUAAAUUCAAAAGUGAAAAAGAAUGUCGCCUAUAUCUAUUGCUACCAUAUUGGUAGCAUGCUUAUGCUUAGCAUAUGCUGCUCCUUUCGCUGAGGAGGUUGAGAUCCCCGCACCUGCCGCUGAUGUCAAUUAUCGUUUGCCUUUAAAUGUUAAGCCCAUCAAUUACAAAGUUACCCUCCAGCCUUAUUUAGAUGAAACUCAUCCUAAGGCUUUUAAAUUCGAUGGUGACUGUUACGUUGAGCUCCAAGCCCUACAAAAUACCAAAGAAGUUCAAUUGCACAUUAAAAAUUUAGAUAUCACCGUAAGUGAAUACUACAAAAAGGAUACACCAGCAACGAAAAAAGCUUUGCCCACAGCCACACCCAAUAGCUUAACCGAUAUUGUGGUCUACACCUUAACUGAAGAAUUACAAGCUAAUGUAUCCUACAUUUUCCAUUAUGUUUAUACUGGUAGCAUGGAUGAUGAUAUGCACGGUUUCUACCGCAGUUCUUAUAAAACCGCUAAAAAUGUUACCAAAUGGCUUGGUUCCACCCAGUUCCAAAGAAAUCAUGCCCGUCGUGCCUUCCCCUCUUUUGAUGAACCCAAAUUCAAGGCCACCUAUGAUCUUUCAUUAAAACACCACCGUAGCUUAAAAUCUGCUGGUCCUACCCGCCUUAUUGAAAUCAUACCCGAUGGUGAAUAUAUAACUGAUGUUUAUGCAACCACCCCUAAAAUGUCUACUUAUAUUUUGGCCUUCAUUGUCUCUGAAUUCAAUGAUCGUUAUGAUGGUGAGUUUGGUGUUCUAGCCAGACCUGAAUACUACUCUCAAACCGAAUACAUUUUCGAUGCUGGCAAGCAGCUUCUUAAAGCCUUGGACGAUUACAUGGGAAUUCCAUACUACUCAAUGGGCGACGAUAAAAUGCAUUUGGCUGCUAUUCCCGAUUUCUCGGCUGGUGCUAUGGAGAACUGGGGUCUCUUGACCUUCAGAGAACGUGCUUUACUCUAUGACGAAGAACACAGUACUUUGAGUUCGAAACAAUAUAUUGCUGCUGUUGUCGCUCACGAACAGGCUCAUAUGUGGUAUGGUGAUUUGGUUACUUGUGACUGGUGGAGUUACACCUGGUUGAAUGAAGGUUUCGCCCGUUACUUCCAAUACUUUGGUACUCAUUUGGUUGAAAGUUACUUUGAAAUGGACUUGCAAUUUGUUGUAGAUCAAAUACAAUCUGUCAUGGGCAUGGAUGCCACAAAUGCCACCAACCCAAUGAGUGACGAAGAUACCCACACCCCUGCUGAUUUAGGUCGUAUGUUCAACAGUAUUUCAUAUAACAAGGGUGCCACUUUCAUUCGUAUGACUAAAUACAUUUUGGGAGAAGAGAACUUCCAAAAGGCCAUGACUGAUUAUCUUAAAACACACGCAUAUACCAACACCAUUCCCUCGGAUCUCCUUACCAUUUGGAAAAAGUACUGGCCCAGUGCCUAUAUCCAAUACGCUGACAAAUACUUUAAAUCCUUCACCACUCAAGUCGGUUACCCAGUUGUAACAUUCGAUCGCAAGACCGAAACCAUAGUUGAAGUCACUCAGAAGCGUUUCUUAUUGAAGGAUUUGAAUACAGCCAAUCCUAAUUUGACAUACACUGUACCCAUUACCUACACAACAAGUGUUGAAAAGGACUUCAUAAAUGCCAGUCCUAAAUUCUUCCUUACUGAAGAUCCCAUCAAACUCACAGUAAACAAGGAUGCUACAUGGAUUAUUGGCAAUGUUCAAGAGACUGGUUACUACCGUGUCAACUAUGAUACUCAAUCAUGGCACCAAAUCCAUCAUAAAUUAUACUCUGCAAACUGGGAUGGCAUUCAUGAAUUGAAUCGUGCUCAAAUUGUUGACGAUCUCCUUAACUUGGCCCGCGCUGGUGAAAUCGAAUACAGUUUGGCUUUCGAUGUCCUUGAAUAUCUUGAAACCGAAACCAAUUACUUGCCCUGGACCGCUGCAUUCAAUGGCUUCAGUUAUCUAUCCAUUCGUUUGGGUACCGAUACAAAUGACUUUGCUCGCUACAUCCGUUAUAUCAGCAACAAGGCCUACAACAAGUUGGGUUUCGAGGAAAAGAAAGACGAUACUACUUUGGACAUUUACAAUCGUGGUAAGAUUUUAGCUUGGUCCUGCAAAUUCGGUCACACCGAAUGUAUCGCCAAGGCUAAGUCAUAUUUCAACGAAAACUUAAAGGCCAACCCCGUUCCCGUCAAUAUUCGUUCUGUCGUUUAUUGUACUGCCAUGCGUGAAGGAAACGAACAAGAUUUCAACAAACUCUACAACAAAUACAAGACCGAAACUGUUGCCACCGAGGAAACUUUGAUUUUGAACUCUUUGGGUUGUGUCAAGGACAGCAAAUUGGUUUCCAGAUUCUUCCAUAUGAUCGCCUCCGAUGAGGUUCGUCGUCAAGACAAGUCCAGCGCUAUGUCCAGCUUGUACACUGAAAAUAAUGAAAAUGUUGAACCCGUCUUUGACUUGGUCGACCAAAACGUUGAAAAACUAGCUGAAUCUAUGGGCGAUUACUCUUCCGUUGCUUCCGUUGUCUCCGGCAUUGCUGGUCGCUUCACCACCGAUGCUCAACUACAAAAACUAAAGGCCUUCAAUGCCAAACAUACCACCAAAUUCGGCAGUUCAAUGUCCACUUUGGAAAGUGCCGUUAAGACAGUCGAAUUCAAUUUGGAAUGGUCGAAAACCAAAUUGGGUCCAAUCAAGACCUUCUUCCAAGAACACGGUAAAAGCGGUGCCGCUAUUAACAGCGUAUCUGUUUUGUCUUUAGUUGUUGUAGCCUUGAUUGCUAUGAUCUUCCACUAAAGAGAUUUUUAGCAAAUUAUAGGAUAUUUGAAUCCUGUGUGUUUGGGAGAGCAACAGUAUUUUUGUUGCUUUUUUACGUCUACAGAAACUGUAGUUAACGUAUUGUUAUCUAAUGUAUUAUAGUUAAUUAAUAAAUUUACCUAAAUAUAAUAUUUAAAAAAAAUAA